CAUCAAUCUAGCGUCAUAUGGUAGGCCACGAUUUAUGAAUAAAAGCUUUCUCUCCGGUCCUCAUUGGACUCCCACACUCUACGCAGCUAUGAACGUCGGCAGUGUUUUGGUUGUGUGUUGGUUAGCAGUUGUAUGGUUAGACAGUUCGUCAUCACAGCGCCCGGGAAGGCGUCCGCGCUUUAAUCAAUGGAGGAACCCAAACUUUCUGAGAAAUUUUGAACGCAGAAUGAUGAAUGGGAGCCCGGUGUACUCCCCCAAGGCCGUCGGACUAAUGAAAAAAGGCUGGGGAAAGAAGAAUAUAUACAACAAAGUAAAUAAAGCGUUUGGAAAAUGUGAUAUACCGGACCAAGACGUGGUGAAGAACAUGUUUCCGGGACUAUUCCGUUCUGUGGACGAACUCUACACACUUCCAGAAAUGCAACAGGGCAAAACUAAAGUGAUUGAAACGCCCUCUAUCAGAGAGUGGCGCGCUCAACCGUCCAGGAAAAUCCUGAUACCCAAAACUGUCUCAACGGCGACCAAAAAUAUUAAUGUCGUUUUAGAAUCGGACCAAGCAACUAUUACAGGGAGUUUUAGUCAAAAAGCCUACAUCUGUGACUGUUGUAAAGUUGACAGGUUCUUUGAGACCUACGAAAACGUGACUGUUGGUGACACAACUUAUGAAGUCAUCAAAAUUCCAAACGAGGGCCAAUUUUUUGCUAUUGAGCGUUGUCCAGAACAACCCAAUUGCGCAUAUGGAGGUUGUAUACAGAGAUACACCCGGCAACCCAUACUGAUCUGGAACGAUACGAUGCCGUACUACCCCCCGCUAGAUUUUGCGCAGUUUGACUUCCCAACUCACUGUGAAUGGGCCAACAUUGGACAGUGAUGUGGAUCCGAUGAACAUAAAGUGCCGGAUGUCCACGGGGCAAAACCCCGAAAAAUACUCAAGGAUAGUGGAAUAGGCCAACAUUCUGUCGUUGGAUAACGUUGAUUAUUUAUGGGAUGUGUUGAAUUAAGAUAGGCCCUUAAGAAACUAUUGUGUUUUAUUAAAUUAAUUAACAGCAGCUUUGGGAUAUUGCGAUCGCUACAUUCUAGCGUAUAGGAUACUGAACAACAAAAUUGAUGUAUUCUUCCCAUCGUCUGGAAUAAGAUAUAUGGUAAUGGUUUACAUUGUACCUAUAUCGGAUCUAGACUUUUAUCUUUUAGUCUCCUUCUUAGUCCUAAUGUGUGUUAAAGUGCAUGUAAUACCAGAGAUUGAUUUUGAGUUAUUGUGUGAUAGUAAUUUAUUAGUUUCGUGUAUAAAUCAUUUUUUAAAUGUC